UUGGGCUCUGACGUCAUUUGGCAACUGAGCUGUCAGUGACUGCAAGUGUUUGUUUUGGAUGUUGAUUAAACACCUGGGAUUUAGCGGGAUUAAUACUCCAUCCAUGAGCAAAGUUUUGAGAACAUCGUCGGACCCCUCUAAGUUUAGGUAAGCUAAGCCAGUGACAAAGUGGAAAAUCGCUACAAGUGGUCGAUAGGGAGGCACGCGCAAAGGAUACCUUCACCUGGUUGUUGCGCACGGAACGGAAAGAGACAGGUGGCCGUUAGACUUCAGUAUCUGACGCAGAGAAGUUCCGAUUUCUUGAACUCUGAAUUUCUCGGGUUUAGCUACCACUGAAAUGUCUUCUCCCGGUAAGUCCGGUUGCGCUUCGCACCCCGUGGUUAAGCUCGCUCGAACCAAGAGCAAGAAGAAGCAUUUUGUGCAUCAGAAGGUGGAAGUCUUCCGGGCAAGCAAUCCAGUCCUGAGUGUUUUCAUGUGGGGCGUCAAUCACGCGAUAAAUGACCUGUCCCAGAUACCUGUUCCUGUCAUGUUACUGCCAGACGACUUCAAAGCCAACACCAAGAUCAAAGUGAACAACCAUUUCUUCAACAAGGAAAACCUCCCCGGCCACUUCAAGUUCAAGGAGUACUGCCCACAGGUCUUUCGAAACCUCAGAGAGCGAUUUGGCAUCGAAGAUUUGGACUACCAGGCAUCCCUGGUGCGUAGCCCCCCAGUACAGGACCCAGACUCCCAGGAGGAGGGUCUGCUGCUCUCCUCCUAUGACCGAACCCUCAUCAUCAAGCAGAUCUCCAGCGAGGAGGUGGCGGACAUGCUCAACAUUCUCUCUGAGUACCACGAGCACAUAGUGACCUGUCAUGGCAGCACGCUGCUCCCUCAGUUCCUGGGCCUGUACCGCAUCACGGUGGACAGCGAGGACACCUACCUCAUGGUCAUGAGGAACAUGUUCAGCCACAGGCUCAUGGUCCACAGGAAGUACGACCUCAAGGGCUCAUUGGUGUCACGUGAAGCAAGUGAUAAGGAGAAGGGGAAAGAGCUGCCCACAUACAAAGAUGUGGAUUUCCGUAACAACAUGCAGAAGGUGUUUGUGAGCAAGGAGCAGAAGGAGAAGAUGAUGGAGAAGCUGAACAGAGAUGUAGAGUUCCUGGUGCGGUUAAGGAUCAUGGACUACAGCAUGCUUCUGGGGAUCCAUGACGUCGUCCGGUGUGAGCGAGAGGAGGAAGAGCCGGACGACUCCUCCUUUGAGGAGGGAGAAGAGACGCAGAACGGCAUUCCCUUCGCGCCACCUGCCCAGCCACCCCCAGUGGGGGGCUCGUACGGCACCUCCCCCGAGGGCAUCGCUGGGUACAUGAACUCUUUCAAGCCCUUCGGCCCUGGGGAGUUUGACCCCUACGUAGACGUCUACGCCAUUCAGAGUGAUGUUGGGGCUCCCCAGAGGGAGGUGUAUUUCAUGGGUCUGAUUGAUGUGCUGACACACUAUGACACCAAGAAGAAAGCAGCGCAUGCUGCAAAAACAGUCAAACAUGGGGCUGGGGCCGAGAUCUCCACUGUCCACCCUGAGCAGUAUGCCAAACGCUUCCGGGAAUUCAUCGCCAACAUUUUUGCCUGAGCUCUUCAAUCUCACAUCGCAUCGCAUUGUUGUAUUCUCCUGCUGCCUACAAAAAUUACUUUAUUUAUUGACUGAAAAUGAAUGCUUAUUCAUAUCAUGCGUUACAUAAAAUGUGUGAUUCAUCUGCUGUAGUGUCAAUGUCCACUGAACACCUCUGUAGAAUUGUGCAAGGAUGGAUUGCAAUUGAUAAUUUAAACUUUAAUGUUAUUGACAUGUUUAUGGUUUCAAAACACACUAUGUGCUGUAAUGCUGUAUGCUGCAAUGUGCUGUUUGUUUGUAAGUAAGGUAAUAUUGAAGAUUCACCUGUUUUCUGUUGACAUAGGAAGACUAGGCACCGACUUGGUGUUAGGGUUAGGGUUACGGUACUGAUACAUGCCAGCGAAGUCUUCCAUUAAUUCUGGUUGGAGAAACGCCUGUCUGGCGUUUGUGACAUAGACGAGUGUAUUGGGUGAAGAGUGAAGCUUCAUCCUAAACAAAUGAGGAGCACAUUUCACUGGCGGCAGCCAAUCAGAUAGUUUGUUGUCUUCUCUGACAGUUUGUGUCUCUGACUAUGGGGUUGUUUUGUCAUUUGAUUUGCUAAAAACCACCUUGGAGGGUCUUGUAAGGGAUUGUUGUUGUUCCUGGUUCGUUAGAUGUUUAAUCCUGGGCUUACUUUAACAGAAUGAGAGUUCAGAUAUACAGUAAAGACAAGGGACUGGAUAGUCUACUAGCUGGCUGGCUUGCUAAAUAGAUUGCUAGUUCAGUCUGUCACACCAUUUCCACACGCCACGACAAACCCGCUCAAAGUGUAGUGAGUUUUAUAGAGUUCUAGUGAGUGUUCCACUUCCCUGGCAUGUAUCGGUACCGUGGUUAGGGUAAGGUGGCGGUUAUGACAAGGGCUUGAGGAUAGGCUAGUCUGAAGUGAGGAUACGGCUCAGGUGAUGUCUGUGCUUUUGGUGACAGUCAGGUUAUGAGAGUCAUGUCGUGGUGAGAUGUAUUUAUAAUAUAUCAAUGAUUUACUGAGUGUUUGAAGAUAUCUGUAAUAAAAAAAAUAAAAGGUUA